GCUUUGCAUUUCGACAAGUGAACUUUUCGAGUUUUUGGAAAUUUAAUUUUUUAAAAAGAAAUCAACAAAAUGAAAUUCUUAGUUGUCGCUUUGGCUUUGUUCGUUGCAGUCUCUGCUGUGACUGACGAACAAAAGGAACGUGUUAGACAACACACCCAAACCUGCCUCCAAGAAUCUGGAGCAACUCCUGAAGAACUCAAGAAGUUCAAGGUUGGAGAAUCCACCGAAAAUGUUAGCGAAAAUGUCAAAUGCUUCAUGAAGUGCUUCUUCCGCCAAUCAGGUUUCUUCAACGACGCCGACGAGUUCCAGACCGAAGUCGCCGUCCAAAAGUUGAGCCUCGGUGGUGAAAAUGUCGAAGAAGGUGACCGCCGCCGUCGAAAAGUGCAAGGUCGUCAGUGGUGACAACGCCUGCGAAAGGGCCUUCAACAUCUACAACUGCUACAGGGACACCAGACACGUCUCCAUCGUCUGAAGAGAGUUUAUGUUGAAAUGAUCGAAGACAUCGUCAGAGAUACGAGAGCCUGAUUCAAGGGAUUGGUGAUUAAUUUGAUGCAAGACUGGUCGUUUUUAUUUUUGUUUUAUACGUUUUCUUUUUAGACUGAUAUAUGAAUCUCUGA